AUGGCAUCAGGAAAUAAGCAUUUUGUUCUGGUGCAUGGGGCAUGUCAUGGAGCUUGGUGUUGGUACAAGCUGAAGCCACUAUUGGAAUUUGCAGGCCACAGGGUCACAGUGCUGGACCUUGCAGCUUCUGGCAUCAACUUGCAGAAGAUAGAAGAUGUUGAUACUUUCUCACAGUAUUCGGAGCCUUUGUUGCAGCUAUUGGCAACAAUUCCCCCAAAUGAAAAGGUGAUUCUAGUGGGUCACAGCCUUGGGGGACUCAACAUAGCACUUGCCCUGGACAAAUUCCCAGAAAAAGUUGCCGUUGGUGUUUUCUUAACAGCUGUAACCCCAGACAUUGAACACAAGCCAUCCUAUGUCUUAGAAAAGGAUCUAGAAUUGGCGAAGAGUUUGUUAAGGCCAGCGUUCCUCUUUGGCGAAGACUUGUCGCAGCUCGAAAACUUCUCCAAACAGGGAUAUGGAUCAGUUCCUCUUGCUUAUAUCGUUUGCAAUGAGGACCUUACGAUUUCACUGAGUUUUCAACUCUGGAUGAUUCAAAAUGCUGCCAUCAAUGACGUUCUAGAGAUCAAAGGUGCGGAUCAUAUGCCCAUGUUUAGCAAGCCACAAGAACUAUGCAAUUCUCUGCUGCAAAUAGCCGCCAAAUACGCAUGA